AUGAACGGACCCUCGAGCCCCCGGCCCGCCCGGCCCAUGAGCAUCAAGGAAAUCACCGAUGCUGCGGAGGAUUUCGAGUUUAGGACAACGAUUCCCUUCAAAUACUGGGCGCGCUCAGCAGAUACCCUAUUCCAAGAGGCAACCUUUGCGCUACAAGAUAACGAUAUUCGAAAGGCAUACCAAAUGCUAUGGCGUCAUUCGAUGCUUGUCCUCAACCACCUUAAAACCCAUCCCGAUGCGAAGCUCCCCGAGAACAAGGCUCUCACGAAACCGCUUUUCAAGCGACAACAGGAGGAGGUGUUCGGGCUGCUAGAGAACCUGAAGCCGCAGAUUGAGCGCGACCACAACGAGUGGCAGCUCAUGAAUGCAUCCAAGAAGAAGGCCGGCGCCGAACCCGAGAAGAGACCCGCGAGCUACGACGAAUUCGCUGCACGAGACCCUACACUCAGUGGAAAUGCCAAGAUCCUCGACGCCGCCGAAAACCAAGAAUUAGCCGUGUCUCUGGCGCAACGGGACUAUAAGCGCAGAGAUGCCGCAAGGAGAGCGACGAGACAAGCUGGUGUUACCGAGGAGGAGGAGCAAGAGCGCCGGAAGGGCGGUCGCUGGGAAGACUGGGAGCAGUUUGGCAACCCAGCGACAGACGACGAUGAGAUUCGGAGGCAGAUCGAAGCUACGAGGAGAAGGCUGGACGGCUCAGAUGGUGGACGCGAUGUGGAUUUCAGAAGCUCGAGGCCCCUUGUGCCACCCCCCAGACCGCCGCCACCGAGUUACUCGUACAACUAUCCCUCCAUCUCGAGACCCAGCAAUGUGGAAUGGGAGGCUUCACCACUACAACCGCAGCGCCCAUAUAUGCCGACACCACCUCAGCCACCAAAACCGCCGAAGGAGGACUUCACGAUAUUGCGCCAGGAGCUCGACGCCGCGCCACCAAUGAGACCAGGCAAGGAGCCCUUGCCCUCAUACAUGUCACCAACAACUCCCCAGUCGUUGCACCAAGAUGUUCCCGAACUCCCCGCAAAGGAGGAGAUUCCCCCACCCCAGUCAGAGAAGGAGCGUCUUACCUUCCGCCCUGCAGCAUACCUCGAGAAUGGCGAUCCAAUCCGGCCCGUCUUCCUCCCGACCCAGCUCAGGGAGGCAUUCUUGAAUAUCGCGGCGGACAAUACCCGCAAGGGACUCGAGAUGUGUGGUAUCUUGUGUGGACGGCCGGUUAACAACGCGCUCUUCAUAAGCUGCCUCCUUAUCCCGGAGCAGAAGAGCACACCGGAUACGUGUGAGACAGAGAACGAGUCGGCGAUGCUCGACUACUGUAUCAACGAGGAUCUGUUGAUGGUGGGCUGGAUUCAUACGCAUCCCACGCAGACCUGCUUCAUGAGUUCAAGAGAUCUGCACACGCAGGCCGGAUACCAAGUCAUGAUGCCAGAGAGUAUCGCAAUUGUCUGCUCUCCCAGGCACCAGCCAUCUUAUGGCAUCUUCCGCCUCACCAACCCCCCCGGCCUCACACACAUCCUUCAGUGCACCAAAUCUGAGACCUUCCACCAGCACUCCAUCGACAACCUCUAUACUGGGGCCGUCAACCCGCCUGGCCACGUCUACCACUCCGACAAGCUCGACUUCUACGUCAAGGAUCUGCGACCCCACCGGUAG